AUGGUUUCCGCCGAGGACGUUAUCACGCAGACAGCUAAUUGUCUUUGCAAGGCGAACAUCUUCACUACAAAUGUACCGAAAUCGAAGCUCCCGCUGAAAGGAUGGGCCUGUCAUUGCGAAUCCUGCCGCCACGUUACCGGCGCACUGUGCACAUUGGUCACUUCUUGGCCUGAAAAGCGAGCGAGUGUCGAUGUUUCCGGACUGAAAGCGUAUAGCUUCUCAUCCAGAUACGAUCUUCUCUUCUGUUCCAUUUGCUCCACGCCCAUAUUCUUCGCGAACAAGCAGGAAACAGAUAAAGAGCUCGGUUUGCUCACGGGAACUCUCAGAAAUACCCCAGGCGAUGUCGUAAAGAUCACGAACCAUAUUUUCGUCGGAGAUACCCAAGAUGGAGGCGCAUCGAUGUGGCUACGCAAGCCUAACGCUGAUGGCACCGAGGCCAAGCGGUAUAGGGAACGCGCAGAGACUGACAAGGGCGAGUCAGCUGAGGCGGUACUGUCUGAUUGGCCACCACACAACAGUUUGACAGGUUCCGAGGCAAAGAAGGAAGGUCCGGUGCCUAUCUGGUGCAAAUGCAAGGGCGUGAGCCUGGUGUGGCAGCCAGGUAGCUAUAACGGUAUAAAGGAUGAUGAGCUGCCGUGGUUCGUUGACCCUGCUACGCACAAGGCUCUGGCAGGUUUCUGCGCUUGCGAGUCGUGCCGCUUGUUUGGAGGAGUAGAUGUCUGGAACUGGGGGUUUGCGGAGUUGAAGGACAUACGGUUCGCAAACAAGCAGCCGGGUUUCCCAGCUUCAAGCGAUGCCCUCAGAGCGCUGGUCGAUGCUAAGGAUCCUUCCAUUGGAACGCUCACCUAUUUCGCAUCUUCCUCCGACGCUCAGCGGUACUUCUGUAGCAACUGUUCGGCUUCCGUUUUCUAUGCCUCGGAUGAUAGGACCUUCAUGGUGGACGUUGCGCUCGGGGUUCUUGGGGCAUCAGAUGGUGCCAGAGCUGAAGGAUACUUUUCCUGGGCUUACGGAGGUGCGAUUAGCCACUUGGAGGAGAAUUCUGGAUAUUGGAGGUAUGAUUUGUUUGAUCGCGUCGCCAAAGAGGGUGAGAGAUGGAGAAUUGAUCGGAAUUAUCCCAAGAACUGGAGGAGGCUGGCGCGUGAAAAAGCUGCAGAGAAGGCAUAG